AUGGAUUUCACACGAGAUCAAAGCGUGGCCAAAAUUUUGGCCGGAUACCGAGACCCGCAUCUGCCAUGUAGUACCCCAACCAUUUCGACCCUGCCGGAAAACGUGUGCGGCUUCACGGACGUGUCCCUGAACGUUGACAGCAACGUAUUGGAUGCAGCGCUCGCAUCGCUGUUGAUCCACCUUGACGACGUGGCUGCAGUCAUCACGAAGGAGCAGGCAGCGACGGGUUACACAUCCCACUACUUGUACCGCUUGCUGGAAGCAUUUGACACUACAAAUGCUGCGCUGGGAUACCGGUUGUCUCUGGAAACGUGUUUUGGAUGGCUACGCACCUCGUGGGAAACAGAGAACUUCGCUCAGCGGUGGAGACACGACCGUUCUUGCUGCCGCUGUAACGCAGCUGCUGUCCUCGGUGUCAAGAAUGCAGCGGGCGCUGCAGAAGCUCGUCAAGAUUCAAGAACCGUCAUCGUCGGCUUCUCCAGGCAAUACCUCGUGUAG